GACUAGCUGGUCAUUCAGAAAAAAACAAACAUACACUAUGCUAGUAGGCUAGCUUGUUACUUUGCUUUUGCUGUUUUUUUUAUUGUUUUUUUUUCUUCAGGGUUCUGUUUUAGAAUUGCUUAGCUAGUGCUAAGCUAGUGCACCCUCUUAUCCGAGUGUGUUAGACUUUUGCAGAGCCUGUAAGAAAUCCUUGUUGGGGCUGAACUGCCCCAUCAGCUGCAUCGGUUUGGAACGACACUAUAAAAUGGCUGCCGCGAGGGCGCUCCCUUUCUAGUGCCCUAGGUAGGGCGAACGGGUGCCGUUUGGACCGGACAUGCGCAUCCCCGCUGCCUCUGCUGCCUGGGCGCAGUCACCCCGCCCCUGUACGCCCGCUGGACCAAUGAGUGAGCAAAGGGAGCGUCUCUGCAUCCGGAGGCCACGCCCACCGCUCGGAGCAGCGCACGCCCCUCCCCCCUCCUUCUCCAGCUUCAGCACUGCUGGAACUGAACAGCGACCGUCCGCGAGGAAACGGCACCGCUCGAGAUCACACCUCGAUAAAAAAAUAAAAAAAAACACGCUCGUUUUCCUGUUUAUGUCAGCGAGCGCAUCGUGACCGAUUCAUCCGGCUCCUCGGGAGAAGCCGGCGGCGCGAGAGAGGCGGUGAGAAUGUGUAUGGAGCAUUCGGAGGGUCUCGGUCCAAUAACCCGUCGUGCUUGUUUGUCUCACCCUUCUUUCGUGCAGGAUCUCCUCGGCGUGGACGUGUAGAGGGAUGGAAACGCACAAAAGACAGGAGUGAACGGGUAGAAAACACUUUAAAACACCUCUGAUUUGUCUGUGGUUUGAACUGAUGGUGCUUUUUGGCUUUUUGGUCUGAUUCCAGCUGCUCUGCAUUAGCAUCUUUGCUCUGGAGCCCAUGCCUCUCCUCAACCUCCCAGGUCUCCCAGGUUUUCUGCUGGAGCUGCAUCGCCACCGGGGUUGGGUUGGGCAUGUCAGCAACCCCAGCGCAGAGCCUGCCUCCCCCUCACCACUGACAUGAGCACAAAGACGAAGAGGAGCAGAGGGCUCAGAGCUGCAGUGGGACGUGGGAGGCGGUGGGAGAGCGGGAGCAGGGGGACACGGGCUGACCCCUGGGCGUCCGGGCUGAGGGAGGCCGCUUCGGAGCCGGGGACGAGCGCCAAGGGCAGUGCGGCACCUGGGCUCUCUGCAGAAGAGCGAAGGAAAGUGCCGGUACAACGAUAUACCCUCCCCUCGAUAUCGACAUACACCUCCAUCAGUGGUCCUCACCCUUUCGCCCGGCCUCAGCGAUGCCUCGGAAGCGAUGCCUGACACUUCUGGACCUCUGAUAGCGUGCACAAGGCUCCGAUGAACGUACUAGUGAGGUGCAUCCUCAUCUGUCCAUCGCUGGUCACCCUACUGACACUCCUUAUCGCCAGAGCCAUGGGUUGCAUCCAGAGCAUCGCUUGCAAGCCACGUGUCAGGCGCGAGAACAUCGUGGUCUAUGAUGUCUCCGCCUCCAUCGACCAGUGCCCAACUGUCAUCGAGGAAAAUUCGCCCAUCGUGCUGAGGUACAAGACCCCUUACUUCAGGGCUUCGGCUGGAAUCGUCAUGCCUCCGGUACCCAGGAACGAGACGUGGACGGUGGGAUGGAUUCAGGCGUGCACACAGAUGGAGUUCUACAACACAUACGGGGACAUUGGCAUGUCGAGCUGGGAGCUUCCAGAGCUCAGAGAAGGCCGUGUAAAAGCCAUCAGUGACUCGGAUGGGGUCAGCUACCCAUGGUAUGGAAACACUACAGAGACUGUGACCAUCUCAGGCCCCACGUCCAAACCGUCACGGCUGACCGUCAGCAUGAACGACAACUUCUACCCCAGCGUGACGUGGGCCGUUCCCGUCAGCAACAGCAAUGCGCCCAUGCUGACGCGGAUCACCCGUGACCAGAGCUUCAUCACUUGGUUGGUGGCGCUCAACAACGCCACCAAGGAGCGGAUCGUUCUGCAGACGGUGCGCUGGCGCAUGCGGGUAGACAUUGCAGUGGACCCUUCCAUGCCCUUGGGCUCGCGGGCUUCACUGGUUGGACGAGCACACCAAGAACAGCCACACAUCCUGGCCAACAAUGAACCCAUCCCACCCAACGCUCUGGGUCGGCCCAAUGCCAAUGAUGCCCAGGUGCUGAUGUGGAGGCCACGGAGAGGGGCACCUCUGGUGGUCAUUCCCUCCAAAUAAAGACUGUCCUCAGUGCCUCCCGAUCAACAAACCAAUGGUAAAGGAAAACCCAUUCAUCAGUGGGAAAAAUGAAAAGUGGAAAGGGCACCCAAUAGCCCCAAAAAAUGAAUCACGUAAAGAUGGCAAGAUCCUUACAGAUAACAUCUGUUUGGUCUCUUGGAUGGAGCACUGGACCAUGAGAAACUUUUGGGUGCACCCAAAAGUGGUGCCAAAUAAGGACUGCUCUCGAACUCAGCAGUGAUAUAUACUGGUAGCCCUCACGAUUGAAAGUCUGUCUGUAUGCCCUCUAUGUUGGAGCAAUUGGAAUGGAGCAAUUGGAUUGGAGCAUUUUGGAUUGUAAGCAUGGAGACAAGGGCCUUCUGGCUCCACCAGGUUACUGGUUUCCUCUUUGCUGCCUUGAGAGGGAGAGAAUUUCUCCUGGAUAUAAACUGAUCCAAACCACUUGACUGCCUUUUCUAAACAAUCACUAUCUGGUCCAUCCAGUUCAGAAGAUAGCCUUGUGCUGGAUCUAAACUGGAUCUAAACUGGAUCUAAACUGGAUCUCCUGGAAAACGCCAGAAACUGCAUGAGAGGGAUCACGAGAGGGAUCACAUCAGGCUGCUUUUGUUGUCUUCUGACACAAUCUGGGCUAAAGUGGCAUCAGAACGAUGGUCAUCACCUCAAUCUGGGAAAUUCACUCUUUAGCAUUUUAGGAUGACCAGCACAAAAGCUUUUACGCUCACGCACCACUCAAAGAAAACUCUCAUCAAGGUGUUGAGGUGUUUCAUUUGACGUGAUGUGGACAGGGGAGUGCUAAAUCCAUGGUUUAGCAAACAGCAAACAGUCCAGGGCUGUCGAGUUAUUUCUUCACGUUUAACCCUUAUUUGCGUACAGCUGUCCACGUAAAAAGCAGAUCAGAAUGUAUUUAUUACUUUUACCAAUUUAAAACCCUUAUUUACCAGAAUCUUAUCUUUAAAAAAAGAAAAUCCCAUGAUCUCCACAGAGUGAUCAGUUCCAGAAUUUAACCUCAGCAUCCAGCGAAGCAGGUGAAGCAGAAGCAGAGGCUGCAUGUUCUCCCCCUGUGGCUGUAAAGAUCGUAGAUAUCAUACAGUAUAUGAUGUAGAACAUCAUAUAUUUAGUCAGCAGUUUGUUUUCCCCCCUCUUUCCAUGACUGUAUAGAUUAUAUCUAUGAUACAGCUCUAGAAAAAAUUAAGAGACCACUUCAGUUUCUGAAUCAGUUUCUCUGAUUUAGCUUUUUAUAGCAGAAAAUUAUAUUUGGUGAAAUAACCUUUUUUAAUCACAGUUUUCAUGCAUCUUGGCAUCAUGUUCUCCUCCACCAGUCUUACACACUGCUUUUGGAUUCUUUGAUUGGUAAAAUCAAAGAAACUCAUCAUUUUUCAGUGGUCUCUUAUUUUUUUUCUAGAGCUGUAUAUACAGUUGUUGGUUUAGAUCCUCCUUGACUGCAAUAUCUCACUCUCAUUCAUACAGUUUGUGGGUUCUUGUUACAGUGGAGGUUCUAAAGGGGAACCAUAGCUCCACUCAACUGCUGCUGCUGCUGCUUUUGUUUAUUUGCUGCUGCUGCCGGUUGAUUUAUCCACAGGUUUCCCACAGGCAGGAGUGGUUUGCUGAGCGUGCUGAAGGUACUGCUUUAUAAUCUGUUUUUUAAAAGCUGGGUUUGAAUGAGAGGAGCUUAAGUCAUAUUGUAUAAGAACAAACAACUGUUUUGUAUUUUUAAAUAUAUUAAAAAGCUCAAACUAGAUUUAAAAAUGUUAACAGCACUAAUCAACUAAUCACAUUUAUACAUAAUUGUCUAUUUACCCAGACAGUCAGCCACAUGUCUGAUACACUGAGAUUCUUUUUGCCAGACUUUUCAGACUAUUUCUGAGCUCCUAAGUUUGUGAUGCCAAGUCAGUCAGCCAAGACAGGUUUAAUGUUUGCUUCUUUAGUGCUGCACUGUAGCUAUUAGGUUAAUACUAACUCACACUGUCUAUAUUAAAAGUAAUAUUAUGUCUUGUUUUGGAGAUACUUGUUUUUCAUUGGACAGCGACGAUAUAUGUAAGCAGACUAGAAGUGAACAAUAUGCUAUCAGCUGCCAGAGUCCUGAGAGAGCACAAUUGGUCUCGCUCUCUCUCGGUGGGUACAGUAGAUGGCGCUCUUUUUACCCUCAUCACUCCUAGGGUGAUGUGGAUCAAAACAAAGCUGCGUCUGUGAGCUGAUGUAUCAGAACCGAGUCACUGCGCUUUCCUCCAAGCGUUAGCGCUGUGAUGCUACUCAGAAAAAGAGGCGGAGUCUGACUUCACAUGUGUCGGAGGAGGCAUGUGCUAGUUAAUCUUCACCCUCCUGGUGUUGUAGCAUCACUAGUGAUAGGGGGAGUUCAUUUUGAAGUUCAUGACAUUAGACUGACAUUGUCUCCAAUUAAAUGAAACCAUGCACAUUCUUAAGACCCAGUGAUUUGGACAUCCUCUCGUACCAAAAUGCAUUUCCUGUGUAAUUAUUUGUUUUUGAUGCUGCAUUGAAAACAUUUAUUUGGUGGCGUACCACCUUGGUGUACCCUACAAACCACCAGUGGUGCACGUACCACAAUUUGUGAACUACUGUAGGUUCAGGUGAGUGGUUGAUGAUUUGGGCAUGCUGUUAGCAUCAUGCUAACUUGGGCUAAUGUGUUAAUUCCAGCACAAACAGCAUAAAAAAGCAAACUUCUGACACUAAACCUGUCAUGACUGACUGAGCACAUUUCUGGAUUUCUUUAAUUAGAGAGCUCCAUAGGUUGCGAUGCUGUGGGUCUGGAAGGUUAGCGUCCUCGACUCACACACAUGCUGACGGGGACGGCGGGUAGGAGUAUGUUUAUCCUCGCACACAAGUCUGAAUGAGUGCACUCGCGCGGCGGGUGCUGCACCAUAGGCAUUUUCCAGAUUAGUCACAUGCCAUACGAAACUCCAUCUGUGCCGCUCUCUCCGUUCGGCCUUUCUCUCUCCUCCCAAUCUGUCUCGCCCUCUCCUCUCCCACUGGGGCUCCGUAGGUGCUCACUGCGUUUCUGAGACAAAUGUUCCAACAGUCCCAUCCUUUCGGCCCUGCCUCCGUCCGAGUGCUGUUCAAUAUGUUUAAUUAUGAGACUGUUCACCAAAACCAAAAUCUACACUGCAGCUCAGAAGGAUGGCAGAACUUUACAUCUUGCAUUACUGGUGUAAUAUACUACAUUUCAUGGGGUGAGGGGUUUAGUUCUGUAACCAUUACAACCAUAAUUUGAAUAACAUAUACAGCUCUAGAAAAAAAAUAAAGAGAGCACUUCAGUUUCUGAAUCAAUUUCUCAGAUUUUGCUAUUUAUAGGUUUAUGUUUGAGUAAAAUGAACAUUGUUGUUUUAUUCUAUAAACUACAGACAACAUUUCUCCCAAAUUCCAAAUACAAAUAUUGUCAUUUAGAGUGUUUAUUUGCAGAAAAUGAGAAAUGGCUGAAACAACAAAAAAGAUGCAGAACUUUCAGACCUCAAAUAAUGCAAAGAAAACGUUAAAGUUAAUAUUUAUAAAGUUUUAAGAGUUUGUUGGAAUAACCCUGGUUUAUAAUCACAUUUAUUUUCAUGCAUCUUGGCAUCAUGUUCUCCUCCACCAGUCUUACACACUGCUUUUGGAUAACUUUAUGCUGCUUUACUCCUGGUGCAAAAUUUCAAGCAGUUCAGUUUGGUGGUUUAAUGGUUUGUGAUCAUCCAUCUUCCUCUUGAUUAUAUUCCAGGUUUUUUUUUAGUUACUUCAGUUGGUAAAAUCAAAUAAACUCAUAACUUUUAGGUGGUCUCUUAUUUUUUCCAGAGCUGUAUAUUUAUAUAUACAUAUAUAUAUAAAGCAUUUUCUACAAUAUUUCGUCCCAUCAGUAUGAAAGCCAAUUUCCACCACCUUAAAUAAUAAUAAUAAUAAUAAUAAUAAAAACUAAUUUUAAGCGCUUAGUUUAAUUCUGAUUUAACUCAAAGGCUGUAAAUAUGUGAUAGAAUAGGUGAAAUGCAGCACAAAAGACUGUUACACAUUUUUUCAGAGAAUUUAAGAACAUUUUUAUGACCUUCUUAGUUUUUUUUUUUAUCCUGAGUUCCAUUUUUAGCAAUGCGUUUGUGAAUCUGGUCCCUGAAGUUUCUCUACAAUGAAUCACAAUUUCACACCAAACCCACACUGAAUGUGUUUAUCUCAAACACUGAAUUAUUGCAGACUUUUUGGGAAAUUAGUGGAUAGACAGAGGCUGUGGUUCACACAUUCCUCAUAAAAGGAGCUCAAAAUGUAGAAUAUUGACCCUUUAAUGGAAUGCAAGGUGAUUUUAUUUAUGCCUAUUUUUACAAAGAUAAUGUUGCUUUCAGUCUUUCGGCCUGUAAUGUUUAUACAAAGUCAUGAAUGUAAGUUACUGUAUAUGGCUGUAUAAGUGGCUAGUGGGCUGAACUUUGAUUCAUUUGAAAUGCAAACAUUUCGGCUACGUUCACAUUACAAGCCACGUUGCUCAAAUCCGAUUUUUUGCUCAGAUUUUGCUCUUGAUGGUUCACAUUCACUGUAAAUAUAAGUGAUCUGUAUCUGUGUGUAAUGUGAACGAAUCUGUUCCUGAAGCAUCUCACAUGCUGCACAUUGACACCUGCAUAAACGCCUCCUUCUUCACCAACAACAAAAAAACCCCUCAUAUUAGAGAGAGGAGAGACUCGUAGCUUUAUAAAGGGAAAUGAAUGAGUUAGCAGCUCAUAUGUGGAGCAUCUUUUGCUGGAGUGGAGAGUAAACAGCUGCUCUGAAGUUCAUGCUCAGGUCCAGGAGGUGAAAAAAGGACAGGUGGUUUGCUUUUGCUGUUUUUUUGCAGCUAUAGCUGCACAGCUGCACCAAGAGAUGUGUUGUGGGUACGAGAGAGAAGCACGUAGCGCUAAUGCUAAUGCUAAUGCUUAAAAGCAAAAGGACGCAUGAAUUCAGAUUUGAUUUGACCGUUCACAUUCAUGUCGCAUGUCCAUGGAUCAUAUAUGUAUCCGAUUUAGGACCACAUAUGAAAGUGACUUUAAUGUGAUAUUAAAAAAUCUAAUUUGGCACGUUCACACAGCCAUGAAAAAAUCAGAUCUGAGCCACAUUGAGCAAAAAAGGAGCUUUGAGUCGUUUCAGCCUGGUAAUGUGAACGUAGCCUACUGACAAAUGUUACAACAGUUUGUUGUGUCUACUGAACUGAACUGAACUGUGUCUGAUUGCACUGAAUGUUUUGUCUGACCCGUCCAACUCCAGCUAAUUAAUGUGCCUCAACCCAAGGCCCUGAGGUAUAUCAAAAAUCUCAAACCUCAUCAGCAUGAUUAAAGGGCUAUAAAUGCCAGAGAUACUGUUGCAUCAUAUUUAUAAGAAAGAUUUUGGGUUUAAAAAAUAGAUUUUGGAAAUGGCGCAUUAUUAACUUACUAGUGAAGGCAUACAUACAGGGAAUUGCGAGGCAAGAAAUAGUCCCUCAGAGAAUGUGUUGACAUUUUGCCACCAUAUAAAACACAGAAGACAUGAGUUGGUUCCUUUGUGGGUUUGGAUAUUAAAUAAUAAAAUGUCCCUAAGGUUCAGACCUGAAAUAUAAAUGUCUGAAAUAAUAACAAAUCUCUCAUUUAUUCCAUGAGGUUCACAUUAAAAUGUAUAGGUCCGUAAAUGAACAAAUCUCAUCAGCGUGAUUAAAGGGCUAUAAAUGCCUGAGACACAGUACAUGUACAAUAUCUCUAAAGUCCUAUCUGGACAGGAUUAGUUUCUCAGGGGGUUCUUGGGUAAUUUUCUUUUUUAUGGGGGGUCCUCUAUGAUUUUAUUCCUGUCUGGAUUGACCAAGAAUGUGUUUUUCUCUGUGUUUGUUCGUCCUCUGAGAAAAUUACAGGCUGAAUUAUCUACUGUUUUUUGCUAAACUCCUGUAAUCGUGCUCCUCCGGUAAUUUAACUCCCGUCCGGACGCACAUCUCUGAGUUUCGUCUCCACAUUUCCACGGAGAUCCACGUAAAAACACAACAGCGAGUGGAAAUGGAGGAGCUACUGAACGCGAUGUCAUGUGACAGAGUUUUUUCGAUUGCAGUCCAGAAGCAGGAGUUUUAUCACUCUAGAGUAGAAGUUUGAAAUAUUUUUUAUUAUUUUUCACAGACGUACCCCUGAGAAACUAAUCCCGUCUAGAUAUGGCUUAUUUUAGGUUCACAGGUGGAUUUAGAUAGUAUAUAUAUAUAGAAAAUACUCCCAAAGUUCAAUAGAAAGACAAAUCUCUCAGUUUUCUUCCCAAAUCCCAACCAGCCUUUAAAAAAACGAAUGUCUGAACGUUAAGAACCUGUAGCACCGUACUGAGCAGGAGAACAAAGGCAUAGACACACCAGCAGAGAGCGUGUGGUUUGGAUACACACCUGAGAGGCUUUUAUUCCAGCAUUUCAGUCUCAUAUGAGGUAACAUUUAGACAUUGUUGUUCUUAUUAAAGAAAAUGAACUUUUAAAUGGUUACUUUACCAGUUUUUGAUAAAGUACAUUAUGAAGAUUUGCAUAAAAACCAACACUGACACCACUGUCUAUGAACUAUCGAUUCAUUCUAAAAAUAAAAAUAAUAACAAUAAAAGAGCUUGUUCAUAUCCAUCUAAUUUACCAUUAAAAACAAGUCUAUGCAACGGCAGAGUAUUAGUGAGCUGUGGCCAAUGAGCAUGUCACUACAGUACGUACAGUAUGAGCAGCGGCGACUUUGAAGAGAUGUUUCCUUCUUUUUUCUUGCAUGCAAAUGAUCAUUUGCAAAAAAAAAAAAAAAUGAAUUAAAACAGACUGUGAUGUGAAAUAUGUUUUUUUUUCUUUUGAAUGCCCGAGUUAAGACCAGUGAGCUCUGAUUGUUCACUUUUCCCCCUCUGAGCUUCUAAUAAAA